UCCGCCAAGGGAGCAGAAUAAAUUCUGCCGGCAGCUUUUAUUGCAGUUGCUGCUUUUAGCUGUUUUUCUCUUUAAUGGGCUGGCGGGCCAAAACCCCCGCGCCGAGCUCGGAGAGCGCCGGUCCCGCCGGGCUGCGCUGAACCGCCCCGGCCUGGGCGCUGCCGGGGCCGGACCACCCCCCCACCCGCCACCGCCUCGCCCCGCGGAGCCCCGGCCGCGGGUUCGAGCCGCGGGUUCGAGCCCCGGCACCGCCCCCGGGCCCGCCCCCGGGCCCGCCCCGCCGGCAGCCGCGGCCCAGCCCGCGGUGGAGGAUCGGGGCGGCAGCAGCGGAGCGGUGCCACCAUGUUGUGCGGGGGUGUCUCGGCGGUCCGUCCCGCCACCGACGAGACGCAGCAGAUCGUGCGGGAGGUGAAAUCUCAGCUAGAAGAAAAAGAAGGGAAAACCUUUGAUGUCUUCACUGCAGUGGAGUUUAAAACUCAGAUGGUUGCUGGAAUAAACUACUUCAUCAAGGUCCAUGUUGGCAAUGAUGAGUUCAUGCACCUGCGGGUGUUCAAGAGCCUUCCCCAGGAGAACAAGCCGCUGAGCCUCGACGGUUACCAGGGCAGCAAGACGAAGCACGAUGAACUGGCUUAUUUCUAGCAAGCUUAUCUUGUCCAUUUUCCUAAUGGUUUCUUACGUGCAUUUUCUAUAGGCUGAGAAAUGUUGAUUCCUGUGCCAACAAAGGAGGGAAAAAGGUGUCUUUUUUAACGUAAUGGUGGGAAAAAAUUAUUUCUUUCUGUCAUUCCUUUCCUGUGCAGUCUCUAAAUUUGAGAGUCAUACAGCUGUCCUAUUACCUGCACUAAUGCAAACACAACUUUAGUUGCAACUUAACUUGGACUUCAGUCCUGUUUGUGGACUUCCUUGGUCUGGAAAUCAGAAGGGGAGUGACACUAGUACUUGUGUAUUUGUAGCAAGAAGCAAGAGGAAAGCCUGUCUUUUCUGUGCUGUUUUGCAGCUGUGAAUACAUGUGUAGCUUUAAACUGUACUAUGUAUUUUACUGGCAAAGACAUGAAGAGAGACUUGAGCUGAAACAAUUUUGCAGGGAAGGGAUAGAGGGUCACAGUACUUUGAAACAAACAUUCCCUUGGUAAUCAUGUUCAUCCUCUUGCAGCAGUAGCAUGUAAUGUCCCGUAGAGGGUGUGUAAGUAUAAAAAACCAAACCAGCUUGCUUAUGUUCUCAGUCCUAUGGAAAAGUCCUGAAAAGGAACUUAUGCUGGACAAGCAUUUCUGUAUUAAUAACAGUAAAUAUUUCUUUUGACUUGA